CCAAGGUAGCAUGCAUGAUGGAAACCAAGGCCCCAUACCUUGUGAAAGCCUGGGUACCAUGUCUGAAAAGAACUCAGCUACUGUAUCUGACAGGACCCCAGCAACAACAUUUAACCAAACUGUAUUUGAGAAGCUCUUUAAUGUGAGUGAGCUGGAUGAAACUAUUUUAACAGAAAGUUUAUCUGGUAUCCUGUCUGAUGAGAACCCAAAUGCCAUGUCUGACAAAAUCCAAGGUACUUUGCAUGAUAAAAACCCAGGUCCCACACCAUAUGAAGGAAGCGGUACUACGACUGACAAUAAACCAGAUAUCAUAUCUGACCAAACUCUACCUGAGGCUUUUGACGGAAACCAAACUUCCACAUUUGAUCAGAACCAAUCUGUUUUGUAUGACCAAAACCCAGGUACGAAGUCUGAUAGCAACUUACCUACCACAUUUGAAAAAAAAACUAGAUACCAUGUCUGACCAGGACACACUUACCUUUCUUGGCCAAAAUCCAGCAACUUCAUGUGAGAAAGACACAGCCUCCACAUCUGACCGACACUAUGCCACUAUGUCUGAACAGCAGACACCUUCUAGAUCUGACAAGAAUCCCGCUGCAUUAUCUGACCAGGUCAUAGGCAACAUAUCGGAACAGAAUGCAGUUAACUUCUCUGACCAAAACGCAGUUAUCUUUUCUGACCAGAACUUAGAUACUAUGUCUGACCAGAACCUAGCUACCGUGUCUCACCAUACCACAACAACCACAUUUGUACAGUACCAAGAUUCCAUGUUUUACCAAAACACGGAUUCCACGUUUGUUAAACACAAAGCUACCACGUCUGACCAAAAUGUAGCUAUCAUGUCUGACCAAGCCCAAACCUUCAGUUUUGAACAAACUGCAGUUACUACAUCAGUGCAAACCACAGUAUCAAACUCUGCUCAUAAUGCAGCUGUCAUGCCUGACCAAAGCAUUCUUACCAUGUCUGAUUGGAACCCAGUUACCAUGUCUGAUGUACAAAACCAAGCUUCCAUGUUUGACCAACGCAGGGCUUCAACGUCUGGACAAAACCAGCUAUCAUGCCUGACCAAACCACAACAUCUGCACAAAAUGCAGCUAUCAUGUCUUACCUAACCAGUGUUACCACAUCUGAGCAGAUCCCAGGUAGCAUGCCUGAUCUAACCACAACAGCCACAUGUUUACAGAACUCAACCUUGUCUGACCAACCAUCAGCUUCCAUUUCUGCACAAAGUGCGGCUACCUUGAAUGUACAAAACAAACGUUCCACGUCUGAUCAAAGCUCAGCUAUAAAAUCUCACCAGGAUCAAAGUAACACGUGGUUGAGUGGCCUCAUGUACAAUUUUAUAAAAAAAAGAAAAGAAAGAUUUUUAUUGGAUAAAACUUGAAGUCUCACAUGUAAAAGAUAAGAGUGAUGUCAGAGGACCGAUGAGUGCUCCUGUUGUCCAAAAGAAAGGCAGAAGAACAUUUUAUGAAUUUUAUGACAUGGAUCUCUGACAAACAGACACCGAUCUCUGACAAUGGAAAUAUAUGUAUUAUUUUGACAAUUUAAUAAAAUACAUAUCAG